AUUCAGGAGGCCGAACGUCGGCGAUCCGUGCCCUUCUAGCCCGCUGCGGAGGGCGGCCGGCCCUUGCUCUUUCCUAGGGUUCGUGCUCUCCGGGAGUCCGGAGCAUGGUCCUGGGUCACUGCUGGUGGAGCGAGGACGCCGAGAGGGAGGAUGGCGGGCUGGAAGGUGGCGGUUUUAUGUCUGUGGGUCUCCUGCGGCUCUGCCGCCGGACAGCUGGAAUACUCAGUGUUGGAGGAGACCGAGCGGGGCGUAGCCGUAGGCAAUGUGUCCGCGGACUUGGGGCUGUCAGCGGCCGCUCUGUCCUUGAGGAACUUUCGCUUCCUUUCCGGCCACCGCGAGCCCUACUUCGGGGUGGAUCGGGCCAGCGGCGGCUUGGUGGUCCUAGAGCCGGCGGACCGCGAACGGCUGUGCGAGACCAAAGCUGUCUGCGUCUUGACCUAUGAGCUGGUGCUCGAGGACCCGCUGGAGCUACACCCGAUGCGAGUUCACGUCGUGGACACCAACGACAGCUCGCCUUUCUUCCCUGCCGGCGACGUGCAGCUGCACAUCCCCGAGUUCCUGAUGCCGGGAGCCCGCUUUACUCUCCCUAAUGCCCAAGAUGCUGACGAGGGAAGCAACGGGGUCCUAAGCUACAGUCUGAGCCCCAGCCAGCACUUUCGCCUGAUCAUGGGAUCGCAGGUGGACGGCAGUGAAUACCCGGAGUUGGUAUUAGCGAAAGCGCUGGAUCGGGAGCAGCGCGCCACCCACCAGCUGGUGCUCAGCGCUAGGGACGGCGGGCGGCCCGCGCGCUCCGGAGACGCACGAGUUACCAUCAUAGUGGUGGACACAAACGACAGUGCGCCGGUAUUUGAGCGCCCAGUGUACCGCGCCAAGGUACCAGAGACUGCACCGAACGGGACUGUGUUACUACGAGUUCAGGCCUCGGACCCGGAUGAAGGCUCCAAUGGGGAAAUCCGGUACUCCUUAAGCAACAGCACGCGAGCAGCGCUGCGACACCACUUUCACGUGCACCCUAGAACUGGGGAGGUGCGGGUAGCUGCGUCACUAGGUCCACCGGAAACGUUGUUGGAGGCGUACAUUGAGGCGAGGGAUGAGGGCACCUUCGGUUUAGCUAAUACUGUCAAACUGCUGGUGGAAGUGACGGAUGUGAAUGAUCAUGCCCCCGAGGUGAAUCUCCUGACUCUGUCCAGUUCAGUUUCUGAGGACGCUGCCCCUGGCACAGUGAUUGCCCUCCUCAGUCUCAGGGAUGAGGAUCUCGGUCCCAACGGUAAGGUCGUUUGUAGCAUGUCCAGUGGAGGCCCUUUUAAGCUGAAGGCUUCCUUUGACAACUACUACAGCUUGCUGACUGAUGGGCCGCUGGACCGGGAGCAGGUCGGCGAAUACCAGGUCCUGAUCACUGCCUCAGAUGGUGGCUCAUCCCCCUUGAGCACCCUCAAGACACUGACUGUGUCUGUUGCUGAUGUGAAUGACAAUUCACCAAGCUUUGCUCAACCACAACAGGAACUUUUUGUGGCUGAAAACAAUGGUCCUGGGGCCUCUCUAGGCUGUGUGUUUGCCCAGGAUCCCGACCUGGGGAAGAAUGGCCUUGUCUUCUAUGAGCUGUUGGAUAUUAUCUCUGAAAGGCAGACGGCCUCUAGCUUGGUGGCAGUAGAAUCAUCCAGCGGGGCUAUCACUGCCAAAACGUCCUUUGACUUUGAGCAGCUCAGGGGGUUUCACUUCCAAGUGGAAGCCCGGGAUGGUGGCAUUCCUCCCAGGAGUGCAACAGUGACUGUGAACUUGUUUGUGGUAGAUAGGAAUGAUAAUGCUCCAGUCAUCUUGGUUCCCGUGUCCAGAAAUGGCUCCAUUCCAGUGGAGAUUGCGCCCCGCUCUGCCAGAAGUGGACACUUGGUCACAAAAGUGGUAGCAGAGGAUGCAGACAGUGGCUCUAAUGCUUGGCUUUCCUACCAUAUUUCUCAGGCUUCUGACUCCAGCCUUUUCAGAAUUUCAGCCAGUAUGGGAGAGCUCCGAACUGCCCGAUUAAUUCUUCCCAGUGAUGCGGUUAAACAGAGGGUGGUGGUCGUGGUUCGGGACCAGGGAGACCCAUCACUUUCCUCUUCUGUCACAUUGGGUGUACUGUUGAGCAACUCGGCCCCUCAGGUCCUUCCAGACUUUGAGGAUACCUGGGAAACAGGAGGCCACCUUUCUACCCAGAACCUGUACUUAGUAAUUGCUCUGGCCUGUAUUUCCUUUUUAUUUCUGGGGUGGUUACUUUUCUUUUUGUGCAUCAAGGUGAACCAGAGCCCAGUUUGUUGUUCUCAAAGGUGCUGUCGCUCCCCAGAGGAACUGAGGUAUGCGAGGAAGAUGGCUUCGAGUCCUUGCAUGUUAUCAGCCACAGUAGACGUCACUACCGUUGAGAGACUUUCUCAGACCUAUCUCUAUCAGGCCUCUCUAGGACUUGGUUCUGAUAAUAACAGUUUGCUGUUGCGUGGGGAAUACAGUACUGCUGACCUGAGAAAUCUGGCUACAGGGGUAGGAUUGAAUUUGCCAGUAUCCUGCAUUCAUAUUCGGAAUAGGAAAGGGGAUCACAUAAAUGUCAAUGCCAUGGUAAGCAAAUUUUUGGAGAUUUGAUUCCCUUGGCCAGGAGAUGACUGCUAGCUGUGUUUUGAAAUGCUUCUUAGGUGAGUCUUCGGCAACAUUUAUUCCACUGAAUUGAACACUCCUGCUUAGCACCCACUGUGCUAAGAAUUUUGGGCAUAUAUAAGUAUUAAAAGACUGUCCAAGGAGUUUAUAGUUUAUUUUUGAGAAACAAGGGUAAGAAAUUCAAAACCAUCAAAGAACAAUAAAAGUAAUAUAGCAUAAAUGUCUAAAAUUAAGAAAUAAGGCACCAGUUUCUGGUACAGGUAAUAAAUGACCUGGAAAGUUUUUAAUUCCCUUUGGGAAUUUGUUUAAGGAAUUAUUUAAAGCAUAAAUCCCUUCAUUCAAAAAACUAUUUUGUGCAACAGAUAUGUGUAAGACAUUCUGACACCGAAAGUGGGAAUGAAAAAUAUACACUACUCUUUGCAUAACAUAAGCAUGAUAUCAUGGAAGAUGAGACAUUUGCUCAAACCAUUACAAUACAUGAUUUAAUGAUGAUAACCUAAAAAAUGUAAAAAUAAAUUGCAAUGGAUGUUCAAAGAAGGGAGAGAGAGACUGUGAGAGAACAUCUAGGAAAGGAGGAAGGAGUCAGAGAAGGCAUGAUGGUAGAGAUGGCAUUUGAAUUAAAUCUUGAAUGAUACACUAUUUAAUAAAAUGCAACAUAUUUUCUAGGUCAUACUUUAAAUAAAUGCCAUUUUUGACAGAGUAGUCCUUUUCGAGAAUGACACUCUAAAACAUAGCUAAUAGCUCCAUACAGUGUUUCUCAGUAUAUGGAAAUUAUAAGCAUGUCUCAGAACACCUGUAUGUAUUGAUAGAAAGAAGAUCAAACCAUUGGGUAUAGGACUUGACAACCUUUAAUUUUGUGUUUUUAUUGAUAUACUUCACAAAUAAAAGAUGAGUAUUUUUUAAAUUUUAAUUCCAGUGUAGUUAACAUACAAUGUUAUAUUCAAUUCAGGUGUACAAUAUAAUGAUUCAACAAUUCCGUAUAUUACUCAGUGCUUGAAAGGGAAUUGUUACAUCAGAAACAUUAGUGUGUUCAAGGUGCAUUUGCCAUUCAAAGUCCAUUCAACUUGGAUUUAAUUUUCUUAUUAUUUUAGAGGGCAGUAUACUUUAAAAUAAGUAAAUACCAUAUUUGAGAGUAAUGCAUCUAAUGAAAGUUAAAUUAUUCAAAUACUUAAAUGUAUCCAUAGUGGCCCUUUGCAUUUCAGAAACUUUUUGAAUAGAGUGAGGACAAUCUUUAGCAAUUUUACGAUAUGACUUUCUGACUUCUCAUAGAGAUCAUGGAAACAAGGGAAGGAGGUAUGCAGAGAUUAGGGAAGAGAAUGGAAGAUUCCUUGUUUUACUAUUCCAGGUAAUAGGGAAAAAGUGAGUUAUAAGUUAUUCUCCUCAAAUAAUGAUGUUAACUGCAAAUAAAAUAGAUUUACAUGCAUUAUAGUUUUGCAUAUUUGAUAUUCUCACAUGACAUAAUAGAAUGUAAUAUAUGAGAGUAAAUGCUUGCUGAAUGAGAGAAUAAAUACAUUUGCUGGGCGCCUGGGUGGCUCAGUUGGUUAAGCAACUGCCUUUGGCUCAGGUCAUGAUCCUGGAGUCCCUGGAUCGAGUCCUGCAUCGGGCUCCCUGCUCAGCAGGGGGUCUGCUUCUCCCUCUGACCCUCCCCCCUCUCAUGUGCUCUCUCUCAUUCUCUGUCCCUCUCAAAUUAAAAUAAAUAAAUAAAUAAAUAAAUAAAUAAAUAAAUAAAUAAAUAAAAGAAUAAAUACAUUUGCUAAUGUAUGAAUUGGGUGGUAACAUUGAGGGAAGAGUUCAACAUCAAGGGCAAAGAUUUAACUCACUUUUCCACUUUAUAUGUAUAUAUAUUUAACAGUUUAAAGAUCACUUUCAAAUAUAUUAUUUCAAUGGUUAUUUUCUUCCUCAUGUAUAAUAGUUAAACAACAAAAUAGUGGGGUUUUCUGGUCCUAGAACUAGCUUGAAAAACCUCAAUGCUGUGUUCUGUUGCUAAAUAUGAUUGCAGUCCCUCUCUAUAACAAAGUGAUUAGUAGGGAUGCACGUUUUUGUACUGUGAAAGUCACAGUGGAUGCAAAUUAAAAUACAGUUAAUUUUAAGGGAGAAAAUUGGUGCACUAUAAUGUUAAUAUUUCAGGUAUCAAAACACUUAAUGUGUAAAUGCUCUUCCUAUCAAGAAAAUUCAUAACUUCUUUUAUUUCAUUGUUUUCUAUAACAAAGAGAGAUGAGAAUACCAGUAAUGUCUGAAGUUUGGGAGUCGGGUAUUGUUUGAAAAACACAUAUUAAGCAGACUUGAAAGGAAACGGAUCUGGAAGUUAGAAAAUUAUUUAAAAGGAAGAAUGUAGGGGUGCCUGGGUAGCUCAGUUGUUUAAGCGCCCAACUCUUGAUCUCAGCUCAGGUCUUGAUCUCAGGGUUGUGAGUUCAAGCUCUACCUUGGGCUCCAUAUUGGGCAUGGAGCCUACUUAAAAAAAUAAAUGAAAGGAUAAAUAUAACUAAUAACAGAGAAAAAUAUUCCUUGCCACCAAAUUUUUAAACUUAAAUGAGUGACAGUAACGAAGGUAAAUUGUUCAUACAUUCAGGAAUACUGUGCCAUCCCAUUCAUCCACUUAAGAAGUCUUUUUCCAUCAAUGUUGAUAUUUCAUUUUUUAGGUAGUCCAUUGUCUGAUAAUAAUUUUGUGGACUGGAUAUUUCCUUAUAUAUAAAGAAAGUAUGAUGUAUAAGAGCAUGAAUAAAAUAACUUCUAGAUAGCUGGAGUAUUUGUAAUUCACCCAGUAAUUUUAUUACUUUAUUCUUCCUAUCCAAUUGCAUAUUGAUCCAAUCAUGAUUUUUUUUUUUUUAAAGAUUUUAUUUAUUUAGGGGC